CGGGGAACGAUACGCAGAAUGGACGUGUUCGUCGCAGACCCUCUCAAAGAGAUGGCUGUUGACCGUGAGGAUUGGGUUCAGAAUAAGCUAAGCCGGUGGCAAGAGUUCGCGAGCGAUGUGCAAUUUCAUGACGUUCCGGGCGAGCAUUACUCCAUCCUGGACGAGACCAACGUGUUGCGGUUUGCCGAGAAGCUGAAAGAAGUCCUGGAAGCACGAGAAGGACCGCUACGUCGUGAGCUUUAGUGAAAGUUUCUCCUGCAGCUCUUU